CCUCCAAAAAAAAUUAAAAUUAAAAAGAAAAAAAAAAAAAGAAACGAGUUGAGAAGGGUUUAAGGCCUGGGUUUAGGGUUUAUUCAUUCAGCCCCUCUUUCUCAAUCACUCUUCAUCAGUUCUUCCUUUCAAAAGACUUGACUGGUAAGGUAAAGAGCAUUAAUGGAAGAUGCUGACGACAAACACCGCGGUGGAGAAUCGGAGUUCCCCCAAUUCGGGGGCAAAGUCUCCGUUGAAGCCAAGCUCAAGGAACUCCUCCGCAACUUAACCUCUGUGGAGCUUCAGCUAUGCUUGGAAGCUUCUAAGGAUAUCACCAAGUUGCUAAAGUCUGAAUCUGGUCCCGAAUUUCUUCGUUUAUAUAUCAGCAACUCUCCUAAAUGCAUCGAGCUCUCGCAGGUAUGGGAGUCCCGAAAAGGCAACUUUGGAUUUUCGAAUAUCCUCAAUUUGAUUGCAGCUAUUCUCAGCCACCCUUACGGGAAACUCCAAAAUAACUCGGAGUUGGAUAAGUUUGCGCGAUGGAUUGUGGUUGAGAAGAUGGGGGAUUUGUACAGAGAGUUGAACAGCAAAGACGGGAAGCGCCAGAAUGCAGUGCUGUCUUUGUUAUCUGCGAUUGUGAGGCGUGGUUCGUGGCUAGCAUGGGAGGUGGCGAAGGAUUUCGAUUUUAAGAUUCCAAUUUUUGGGAAGCUAGCUGAGUGGAAAGUGAGGAAAGUUGAAGGGAGAAAGAAACAUCGUUCCACUAGGAAGGCAUUUGUGAAGUUUGCAAUGUCUUUCUUGGAAGUGGGUAGUGCGAGGUUGUUAAGGGGAGUGUUGCAACAGAAGGAUAUGUAUUCAGGGGUGCUUAGAGGGUUAGGAAAUGAUGAUGAUGAUACAGUGAUAUAUGUUCUCUCAACUUUGCGAGAUCGAGUUCUUGUUCCUGACUCAUUGGUGCCCCCUGGACUUAGGAGUGUACUUUUUGGGAGUGUGACUCUGGAGCAGCUGGUUAGCAUUUCUGGAAGAGAGGAUGGCGGGGAAGCUGCGGAGCUAGCUCAUAGUGUCUUGCUAAUGGUUUGUACUGACCCUUCUAAUGGUUUGAUGCCAGAUCCGGAUAGAGUUCCUAGCCCUUUGAGAGGUAAUCCAAGGCGGUUAUUGGGUGUCAUGAAGAAGCUGAGAGCUACAGAAUUUGAGUACCAUAAAAACAUUCUUCUUGCCAUUGUAAAAGGGAAACCAUCCUUAGGCUCUGCCUACUUUGAUGAGUUCCCUUAUAACACUGAAGAUCCUGCGUCACCUAACUGGUUUGCUACCACUUUGCUGGCUGCAAAUGUCAUUCUCUCUGUCCGUGAUGGCUAUGCUUUUGGUUUUGUUGAUAUUUUGAAGGAGCUAAAAGGUCUUGAGAGUCCAGAUGUCGAAAAUAUUCUAAAAUGCAUUGGACCACGUCCAUUUACUCGGCUGAUUAUCAAUAAAGGGUUGCUUCAUUCUGAUCCCCUUGUGAAACAUGGAACUUUGAGGCUCGUUUUGGAGUCACUGAGGUUUCUUGACUCUCUAAUUGAUGCAUUAAACUGCAUCUCCUCUUCCAAUAAUCAAAUGAUGCAUCUGAGGGCAUCCCUCAAGUUAGAUAUAGUGAAUGAAGUCAGGAUUUUGCUUCCUGAUCCUCAAGUUCUAUUCUCAUUAUUGUCUUCACUUAAUGGAUAUUAUAGAAUUCUGGAAUCAUGUGCCAAAAGAGCAGCAGAUUCAGAAAUUCCAUUUGAAGAUAAUAUGAGUAGCAGGAAAAAGUUGAAAACUGAAAAAUUGGAAGAGGAUACUGAUAUUAUAGUCAGUGGGUUUAGUAGUACCCAUGGAGAUGUAGAUAUGCAGGGAGACAGUGAAGCAGUCCUUGAUGAAGAUGACCCAGUUCAGUCUAAAAAUGAAACCCACUUUCUAAAACUUAUAAGAGAACUUUGGUCCAAGAAUUUGUGCUCUUUCAAGGACUUGGUUGAAGAUGCAGAAACACACUUUUAUACGAAGUUGCUUGAUGUUCUGAAAUUAUACUAUCGCACUAUGCCCAAUAUGUUGGAGGGAUCGUUUGAUUUCUUCAAAGUUCUUCCGAGCAAUCCUUUAGCAUUGCCAAUUAUUUUGCAGCAGUCUUUGUUAUCUUUGCUCAUUGAGCAUAUUGGUUGGUCCUCCACAUCUGAGUCUGCCUUCAGAGCUCAGUCACAAUUGUACAAGAAUCUACUUCCACUUCUGAAUUUAUUAAUUUAUUCAUCAGAUAAAAGUGUCAAAGAUCAAGCAUACAUUCUGGCAAAAGCAGCCAUCUUAAGUACUGGUGCAUUUGAUAACAAUCCAAGGGAAGUAUGUACAUGGUUCUUAUUUAUUCCAGGGUACAGUGAAGGCAGUGCUCUUGCUGGAGACGUGAAACGAGAAAUGUUCAGAAAAUUGUCCUCUGUUGUUCUCUCCUUCCUAUGUGAUGCCGUUUCAACGGCUGGUAAUAAUUUAUUCAAAUAUAUGGAUCUAUUGAGGUCCUAUAUCCACAAAUCACAAGGUGGUAAAGCACAUAUAUCAUCAGCUAAUUUUAGCUGUUUCAGUAUAUGUAUCAUGGAGAAGUGCCUAAGGUUACUAUGUGCUGAAUCUGGUUCCUUUUCUCUGGCUGAGAAGUCGAUGAUAUCGUUAUAUGUUUCCAACACAUUUAAGUAUAUCCUGCAAACUCAGGUUGAUGCUAGAGUGUUAGCUUCCCUCAUUGAUACUUUGCUUUCUGAAAGACUCAAAGUGUAUCUCAACGUGGCUGAUGACUCCAGCGGUUACUGUGAGUGGAGGCCUUUGACGAAAUUAAUCCAAUUCUCCUGGAGCAUUUUAGAAAAUCAAACUUGCAGCAGCUCUUCCACCAUUGAAGAAGUUGGGCAUCAUGAGAAUUCUUACUCAAGUAUUCUCCGUGAAGUUAGAAGUGUUUGUAAGACUGAGUCUGAUGGGAGAUUGGUUGAGGUGAUGAUUAGAUUUUCCUUCUCAAUGAUAUGCGCUAAACGGGCUGAUUUACUACAAAAUUUUCCAGUAAUUGUAUCAGUCUCAAAGAAAAUGCUUGGAGUGCCUUUCUCACUCUUGAUGUCAAUAUUCUUCCUUGAACCAAGUCUUCUCAUUGAUGUUUCUAAAACAUGGCCAGAAAUGUUCUUCACUGGUCUGGAAAGUGCUAUUUCUGGAUUACAAGAAGGAAGAACAGAAGAAUUUGGUGACAUUGAUUCAAUGGAGUUUGCCUCUGCUGCACUUUCUCUGUUCUUGAAGGAGGCAUCAUUGUGUAUGCUCUUUCCUAUUACUCUAAGCAUUUAUAAAUCUGAUUUGUCCACACAGCAGGGUUUGCACAAUCUUCUUCUGGCUAAUCUCUCUGAGAGAACACCAGAUCAUAUUGUAUCCUCAUUUCUCUAUGUCCUAUUUUGGUUUAAUCAAGCACACAUAUCCUAUCGAGUUGAACCAUUGGAGGAAUUGGAAAUGCUUUCUGAAUUGUGCUUCAAUAUUGUGGAUCGCAUGCUAAGACAAUUUCUUAACACAAAAGGUGAUGCAAGUUCAAAAUGCACCAGAUCUCUUUUACCAACCAAGUGUGUUCAAGAACUAAUUGAAACUAUCUUCUAUCACCCAGUUGUCGCAGCAUCACUUGAAUGCCCUUUGCCCUGUAAUGCUGAUUUUACAGAUACAUUUAGUGGGGACAGUAUGGACAAAUUUCUCGAAUCAAAUAAAUGGAGGGUGAUUCACAAAAUGGAUCUACAUGUGAUAAACUUGUUGAGAACAACCUUUGAGCUCUUGUAUUUUUGUGAUGGCCAAACCUCUUCAUUUGAAGCUUGUCAUGCCAGACAAGUCACAAAGGCUUUCAAAAAUGUGGUGCAGAAACUAUUUUUGACAUUCAAGGAUAGGACUGAUAAAUGUAUAGAAUCUAAAGACUUGACACCCCUCCUUCCAGCAAUUUAUGCUAUACACACUUUAAAGCGUUUCAUAUUUCCCUUUGAGCUUCUUGAAUUGGUGCAUUGGAUGUUCUCCAGAAUAGACCUUGAGGACAAUUCCUUUCAGCAGUCCCUUAGAGAUUCUGUCCUCCGUGUUGGUCUACACAUUGCAGGAUCUGUUUUCGAUUCUCUGUCAGCAUGUAUGUGGCAGCCACAUUCAGAAAGACCAUUAUCUGACUUGUUUUGGGGAAUGCUAGAGGAACAAUUUGACAUUGUCCUCCUUGAGAAAAUCCUUUUGCAAGUAUAUGAGAUUGCCACUCAUCUUCAUCUGGAUGUUGCUGAUAUGUGUUUGCUUAAAGCCUUUAAAGUUGUGAAAACUCAUAAAGUUAUGCAGCAGUCAAAUCCCACAUUAGUUAUGGCUAUAUCAAGAUUUAUAGUGAACAUUCCUGUAAACCUGCUGUCUUAUUGUAUGUUCCAAAUUAACAAAAGAAAAGCUGAACUGUUGUUCCUUGCCACAGAAAUGAGCCCCCUACAUCUGUCAAUAUUUGGUCACCUUUUAUCAGGCAUGAUUGAUAAGCAGGUCCAUUUGCAGACCAAUGCAAUAAGAGAAACUUCUAAUCCUUCUGAUCCUGAGUUAUUGAUGCUUCUUCCCACAGUCUUCUUGUAUUUGGACUCAGUUCUUAUAAAAGCUGGGAGCCAAGUUAAAUAUUUUGAGAAAAUAGUUUCUUUCUACUGGAGGAUAUUGUUGCACAUUUUCUCUGACUGGAAGUGCUAUGUUACCAGAGACAUGUUUGACAUAGAAUCUUUUGACAACCUGCCCUUAUCAAUUGAAGAAUUUAUGGAUAUUUUCUCCUGCAAUCUGCUUUCAAGAUCUGUUCUUAUGGUGCAACUUUGUUCUGCAUUAACAGGGUAUUUGGUGAAAUUUGAGGCACGCAUGGAACUAUUUGACUCUGUUUGCCCACAAAAAAGUACCUGUGUUGAUUUUCUGGAUUUUGAUCCUAGUCAAGUAGGUACUUGUUCACUAGAGCAGUCCCUGAACUUUGUUAAUAGGACUGUUGCAAAGAUAAACUUGUGCAGAACUUUGUUAUUUCCUGAACAUAACAAGUUUUCCUCUGGGCUGAAAGAAGACAAAAUGGAGACUUGUGCAGAAUUGCAUUCUACUUUAGACGUAUCAAGAAUCCGGCUUUUGAAAAUGUUGGUCUCUUCCUGGCGAAAGAUUGUUGAGAAAUUUCCAAUGACUGCUGAUAACUCUUGUCAAAUGGAAGUUGAAAAUUGUUCUGUGUUCAGAUUUUUGGAAGUUCUUAUCUUGAGAAAUAUUGUGGAACUUUCUAAAGAGAUGCAUGGUUGUCUUGUCAAGUUGGAUUCUCUUCCAUUCAUAGUUAAACUUGCCAAGACAACUUUUUGGCAUAGGUUUGAUGAUCCCAUGACACUGCAGAAGCUCCGAGACAUUAUUUCUUCACUAUCUGAAGGAAAGUUUUCAUGUGUUAAAAUAAUUCAAUUGAUGGUUGCUCACUCCCAAUUUGAAACAGCCAUCUGUUCUUCCAAUUUGUCAACUGGAAUUUCCCAACUUGGUCUGACAUUUACUCCCUUGCCAAGCCUUAUGAGAUCUUUUGUCAUCCCUCUAUUCAAUCAUAAUUCCAUUUGCAGGAAAGACAAUCUGCAAAUGUCUAAGCAACAUUUGAAGCAGUUGGAACUCAUUAAAUUGCUUAGGGUAUUAUUCCAAGUAAAGGCUCGACAGGUAGAUAUUGAACCUGCACAAGAGAUUGGUAUAAAUUUGAGAGAUUUGGUGUUUUUGUUACUAUCUUCUUAUAAUGCAACCCUAUGUGACAUUGACUUUGAGAUACACAAUCUUGUGAAUGAAAUCAAGUCAAUUAGUGACUCUAACAUAAGUAUUGCUGAAUGGGAUUAUCUAUGGGGUAAUGCUGUUGUGAAAGCCAGGAAAGAGCGGGAGCUGGUGCAGACUGUUUCAUGCAAUCUAAGUGAUGCUGAAGUAGCAGAGGACUGCCGAAAAAUUCAGUUCAGGGAAAACCUUCCAAUUGAUCCAAAGAUGUGUGCAAGUACUGUGCUUUAUUUUCCCUAUGGGAGGCCAAAUGGUCCAGGAGUUGUAAACAAAGUUCAAAAAGAUACAUUUGAUUCUAUGCAUGAGGAUUGUUCUGCAGAAGUUGCGAACAGACAUAUAUAUGAUCCCAUCUUCAUCUUGCGCUUAUCAUUUCACUGUCUUUCUAUGGGCUAUAUUGAACCUGUUGAGUUUGCUAAUUUAGGCCUGCUAGCAGUCUCACUUGCAAGUAUAUCUUCUCCUGAUGAUGAUACAAGGAAAUUAGGAUACGGGGUUCUUGAAAAAUUCAAGAAUGCAUUAGAGAAAUGUCAGAAGAAGAAGGAUGUAAUGCGACUUCAACUCCUACUGUCAUAUUUGCAGAAUUGUAUAGAAGAGGAUUGGCAAAAAAUUCCCUCUGUAACUGCUAUAUUCAUUGCAGAGGCUUCAUUUGUGCUUUUGGAUCCUUCACACGACCAUUAUGCAACUAUAACUAAGCACCUAAUGCAGUCUCCAAGUGUGAAUCUAAAGAGCAUACCAUUGUUCCAGAAUUUGCUCUGGAGUGACUCUGUUAGUUUCAGAACAGAGAGGUUGUGGAUACUUCGUAUUUUGUAUUCAGGGUUGAACACGGAUGAUGAUGUUCAUAUAUAUAUCAGAAACUCCAUUUUUGAGACCCUUCUAAGUUUCUAUGUCUCCCCUCUUGCUGAUAAUGAAUCAAAGGAAUUAAUUAUUCAGACUGUGAAGAAGUCUGCCAAAUUAUCUAGAAUGGCUCGACACUUAAUUGAAAACUGUGGCUUGAUUUCAUGGCUGUCCUCUGUUGUUACAUCCUUCUGUGGAAUUAAAUACGAUCACUGGAAAGGUUUUCCAUUUGCUCAGUUUGCUGUUGUCCUGGAGGUGGUCAAUGAAAUCAUCUUCUUCAGACACACUGUUGAGUGGUUGCAAAAAUAUGCCCUAGAACAGCUCUCUGAACUCUCCUGCCAUUUGUGCCAAAUCCUAGUUGAAGGUGCUCAGAUGUUAAAAGAACACAGUACAUUUACCAAGUUGAUUCUACAAAUAUUGACUUUGACAUGGAAGGUAUCACAGAAGAGGAAAGUGUAUCAACCGCAUUUCACUCUCUCAGUUGAGGGCUUAUUUCACUUAUGUGAAGCCAUUGAUGUAUGUUGCAAUGGAUGUUACAGCCCUAUUGCCAAGACUGGACUUGAAGCUAUACUUAUGAGCACUCCUCCAGUUGCUAUUUUACAAAUGGACUGCAAAAAGGUUUCCAAAUUCAUUAACUGGGCUAUGUCAAUUGCUCUGCAAUCUGAGACAAAAGGAGUGCUUCAGGUGGAAAAAUGUUGUUUCCCUCUGAAUGUAUCCUCUGAGGAAGAGACAGAAAAUUCUCUCAUAUCAAAGCUUUUAAGAUGGCUGACUGCCUCGGUGAUCCUUGGAAAGAUUUCAUACAAACUUAGUAAAUUGGAUUCGAGUCAUUCAUGUGACAGAUCAAAACUAAUUAAUUUGCAUUGUUUAUUGGAGUGGAAUGAGGAAAGUGAUAGGGAGAAUGGUAAGGAAUUUGCAUGCCAAGAGAUCUUAGCAGCAUCAAUAUUUUAUCUGCAACAGCUACUGGGCACAAGCUUCAAAUUGCUUCCAUCAGCUGUUUCUGCGCUUUGUCUUCUACUUCUUAAGAAUCCUGCUUCUUCAGGAUCAGAAGUGUUGAUUGGCAAUGCAGCUGCUCUCUGCUCAAAAAUUCGUUGCCCUGCCGAAGCCAAUUCUGCUUGGAGAUGGUCAUUCUAUCAGCCAUGGAAAGAUCAUUCCUCCAAUCUCACUGAUUCUGAGAAAAUCGAAGAAAUCCAUGCUUGCCAGAUGCUUCUACUUGUAGCCUCAAAGAUGCUUGCAAGAAAUUCAUUGUAUUCUAAGUUAAUUUCGCUCAAGGAUGUGGAAAAGUUGGGUGUAUUUGAAUGGGAAAGGAGUAUUCUAAAUCUCAAUCAUGUUUAGCUCCAUUUUUAAUGACAAUUCACAAUAUAUAUAUACCAGCUUCUUUCCCCCUUUU